GCCACCUGAUACACGCACAUACACGUGCUUCCAUCCAUAUAUUCUUUCCAUUUUUCAUACAAGCCCAAUCAUUCCUUCAAUCUGCAGCAAAAAUUAGUGGGGAAUAAUAAAUUAAUCUGAUUUUUUUUUCGUUCCCCAUAACGAUGGGGCAUCGGCAUGUUUUAAGCCCAUCUUAUAUGUUAGAGACUGAUAAUGAUCAGAGAUGGAACUUGAUAGAACGUCCCUGUGCGGUUACGGGGACCAUCCGUGUACUUUACUCUAUUUUGUAAGAUCGCGGAUCGUUUGACUUGAUGACUUUUGGUCAAAUUUCAUUGACGAUUUCGGCUUAAAUUUACUUUGCAGCAGAGAGUGGUGCUGCCGAAAGCAGUUCUCUUGCAUAUCCAGAAAAUAACAUGUCGAGUGACGGGGAACAAUGUAGUAACCCUGCUCCUGUGUCAAAUGCGUAUUCUUCAUUAGCUCACAACGCGCAAAACCUAAAUUAUCAGCAAGACACUUCGGGCCCGUCGGACCUUCCUACGGGCCAUGAAAAUUAUGAAAACAUUGCGUCUUCGUCCAACUACAAUGGACACGCCAAUAACGAUGAUGAUAAUGGAAGAUGGCAAUAUAAACGUAAAAGCCCUGCUGAUACGGUUACAAACAGAUAUAAUAAUAGUAGUACUAGUAGUAGUACCGAUAAUAACAACAACAAUAAUAGUAGUAACGAUGGAAGCUCAUCGGAAAUCUGUAUCCCAACCGACCCAUGGGAGGAAGCGCAAAAUAUGCGUAUUAUUCGUACCCCUUGGGGUUACCCUAACGUGAAGCGCGGUCAUGAAGGUGAAAGUUCUGUUAGGAAUGUGAGAAGCAGGGUUGCACCGUCAAAUGAUUAUUACUCAACUAGUCGUUUUAUGGAUGUUUCGUCCGGUGGAUCAAUGAGGGAAUGGAACUCAACUCAUGUGUCUUCUUCUCUUCAGAGUCACGAGUUAAAUCCCUUCCUCGUUGGAGGCAGUAGUGCUAGUGAGAACGGUAUCAUAACCCGAAGCAAUCAUGCUCAGAGUACCCACGUGCAAUCCGAUAGAGGAACCCGGAGCUAUUACAUUCAAAGAUCUAGCAACUUGCAAUUGGGCCAUUCAGAUGAAGGAUUGCAGUUGGCCACUGAAAGUUAUUUUUCUCCGCGUGUAAGGCCCGCCAUAGCUUGGCGAUCCAACGAUCGAAAUGCACGAGCAAGGAUUACAAUUGGGAGAUAUCAAUCAUUUUCCGAGGAGGCGAAUUUCCAUGAUCAACUCGUGCCUGAGGGUCUCAUGAUUGUGGAUCGGUCAGCCUUUGGAUCCAGAAAUCCGUUUGAUCAUCAUCAGGACAUGAGGCUUGACAUAGAUGAUAUGAGCUAUGAGGAGCUUCUGGCACUUGGGGAAAGGAUCGGAAGUGUUAGUACUGGUCUGUCGGAGAAUCAGAUUUCAAAGUGUUUAAGAGAGUCGAUAUACUGUUCUUCUGAUCAGCUACAAGAGGAAGGAACAUGUGUGAUCUGUUUGGAAGAGUAUGCAAAUAUGGAUGAUGUAGGGAUGUUAAAAGGUUGCAAACAUGAUUUCCAUGUUGGAUGCAUAAAAAAAUGGCUGUCAAUGAAGAACUUGUGUCCCAUAUGCAAAUCAGAACCCAUUAAACAGAAGUAAACUUAUUGUUAUUAUUAUGUUGUAAAUAUAUAUGUUAUUAUGUAUUUAUUGUUAGAAGAAAAAUCCUCAAAAUUGGAGAGGAUCUGUGCUAAUUAUCUCAAAUUACUCUUCCAAGGUUCAUUAAAAAACA